GUAAGCUGGUUCAAAUGAAAUUCUUUUGAUUAUUUACACAAAACAUUGAUAGUACAAGUAACAAAUUGAGAUAGUACCCAAAUCACAAACAUGUGGAAGCCAGGUGUAGGUUUUCAUAUUGCAGAUUAUUGUGUCUUUGGAUUCACUGUUCUUGUCUCACUUGCAAUUGGAAUAUAUCAUGCAUUUUCUGGCGGGAAACAACGGACAACGUCGGAAUUUUUCGUUGGAAAUAGAAAGAUGGCCAUACUUCCGGUUGCAAUAUCACUGUUAGUAUCGUUUGAGUCUUCGAUUCUUAUGCUAGGCCAACCUGCAGAGGUCUACGUGUAUGGUAUACAAACAAUUAUGGGUGGGUUUGGAUUUUUCCUAGCCAAUAUUCUGUCCAUAAUUAUUAUAGUUCCUUUAAUGCACCCGUUGAAAAUCACAAGCGCUUACGAGUAUUUAGAACUAAGGUUCGAAAGUCAUGCUGUCAGAAUCCUAGGUACAAUUCUAGCAAUGCUUGGAUACACCGGCUAUAUGGGAGUUGUACUGUUUGGUCCAGCAACGGCUCUUGAAGCAGUCACCGGGCUACCUAAUUGGGUUUCAAUAACUUCUAUAGCCGUCGCUGCAGUCAUUUACACGUCAAUAGGUGGAUUAAAGGCUGUUAUAUGGACAGAUGUGUUUCAGUUUAUAAUCAUGUACGCUGGCUUCUUUGCUGUUGUCGCUCAGGGCACUCUUAAAAUUGGUGGUGUAAGUAAAACCUGGGAGAUCGCGAAAGAAAAGGGACGUCUUAAUUUUUUCGAUUUUGAUCCAGAUCCCACACUGCGACAGUCAUUUUGGAGUUUGGUAAUUGGAACAUUAAUUCGAGGGUUUGGUCUUGUCUUUAACCAAUCUUCCAUUCAACGAAUCAGCUCUACACCCAAUGUUGCUUCAGCAAGAAAAGUCCUAUAUUGGGUAGCCCCUGGAUUCUUAAUCACUGGCUUCCUGGCAAUAAUAGAGGGUGUUAUAGCGUAUGGUUAUUUUGACACAAUUGGGUGUGACCCACUGGUUUCAAAACAAAUUUCGAAUCCAAACCAGAUCAUGCCGUUUAUGGUAAUGGAUAUAUUUCAAGGAUUACCCGGUUUACCAGGGCUUUUUAUGGCAGCGUUAUUCAGUGCUUCUUUAAGUACAAUAUCGAGUGGACUCAGUAGCUUAUCUGCACAGUUCUGGACUGAUCUAGUCAAACCACACAUCAAACCUGUGUCGGAGUUUAAAGCAACAGUUAUAGCAAAAUUCUCUGUUGUGUUCUUUGGAGGACUUAUAAUGGCUGUAGCAUUUAUGACUGCGAGAGUCAGUGGAACUCUUAACCAGAUAUCUGCCAGUUUAUUAUCGGCAUUCGGGAGUCCCCUUACCGGCUUAUUUGUAUUUGGUGCUUUUUGUCCAUGGGGGAAUGCUAAGGGAGCUUUAUGGGGAACAAUAAUGUCAUCAAUUGUGACCUUUGUCAUAUCUUUUGGACAAGUUACAACCAAAGGAUCUGUAAGGAACACGAGGCUUUCACCGGCACCGGUUGAUCAAUGUUUUACUUCAAGUAUUUUGAGUAAUCUCAACAUGUCCGAUGUUACAACAGAAAUGUAUAUGUUUAGCUCAACGAUGGAGUUUGGAACAACAGUUGCGGAAAAUUUAGAAAUUCCUGAAUUGACUGGUUUCCGGCGUAUUUUUACAUUAUCAUUUCACUGGUUUGGAGUUGUCGGAAUAUUGCUGACGAUUAUAUUUGGAUCUUUUAUUUCAUUUUGUACUGGAUAUAAAAAGCCAGGUGAAGUCAACCCAAAGUAUCUUAUUCCAUUUUACGAUAGCUUGUUUCCGUUUCUACCUGAAUGUAUUCGUAAACCUCUUAGAUGUGGAUAUGAUUAUACAAGGACUGAUUACGAGAAGGAGAAUUUACCCGAGGAGGAAAUAAUUGCUUCUUUAUACAACGUGGAACAGGAAAUCAUUCCUUCGGAACAGGAUGCAAAUGAACAUCAUGUCGUCAAUGGAAAAGCAAUCUUUGGCACCGAUGAAAUUGAUACAAAUUUAUCUGUAUUACCGAAAAAGAGCAGCAAUGGAUAUGUAAUGCUAGAGACGGAUGAUGAAAGUCAAGUUGUAACGGAAACGGAUAUACGAAAUGACAAUCUUGUAGUUAAAUCAACUGGAGAUUUAUCUUAUCAUAGACCACAAACUGGCGAAAUUGAAAUGGAAGUUCUAAAAGGUUACAAAAGCUCUGAAUUUAUUACUUUGGAGAAAACGGACAACACACAGAUACUGAAAGUAAAAGCUGGGAGCUUAGAAAUCACAAACAUGUGGAAGCCAGGAGUUGGUUUUCAUAUUGCAGAUUAUUGUGUUUUUGGAUUCACUGUUCUUGUCUCGCUUGCAAUAGGGAUUUAUUAUGCAUUUUCUGGCGGGAAACAACGGACAACAUCGGAAUUUUUCGUUGGAAAUAGAAAGAUGGCUAUACUUCCGGUUGCAAUAUCACUGUUAGUAUCUUUUGAGUCCUCGAUUCUUAUGCUUGGCCAUCCCGCUGAGGUUUAUGUAUAUGGCAUACAAACUUUUAUGGGUGGGGUAGGAUUUUUCUUCGCCAAUAUUCUAUCCAUAAUUAUUAUAGUUCCUUUGAUGCACCCGUUGAAAAUCACAAGUGCUUACGAGUAUUUAGAGCUAAGGUUCGAAAGCCAUGCUGUCCGAAUCCUAGGGACCAUUCUAGCUAUGCUUGUAUACACGGGCUAUAUGGGAGUGGUUUUGUUUGGUCCAGCAACGGCUCUAGAAGCAGUGACUGGAUUACCUAAUUGGGUUUCAAUAACUUCUAUAGCCGUCGCUGCAGUCAUUUACACUUCAAUAGGUGGUUUAAAGGCUGUUAUAUGGACAGACGUAUUUCAGUUUAUAAUCAUGUAUGCCGGAUUUAUUGCCGUCGUGGCUCAGGGUACCAUCAAAAUCGGUGGUGUAAGUAAAACCUGGGAAAUUGCGAGAGACAAUGGACGUCUUAACUUUUUUGAUUUUAAUCCAGAUCCCACACUUCGGCAGUCAUUUUGGAGUUUGGUAAUUGGAACAUUAAUUCGAGGAUUUGGUCUUGUCUUUAACCAAUCUUCCAUUCAACGAAUCAGCUCUACACCCGAUGUUGCUUCAGCAAGAAAAGUCUUGUACUGGGUAGCCCCUGGAUUCCUCAUCACUGGCUUCCUGGCUAUUAUUGAGGGUGUUAUUGCGUAUGGUUAUUUUGAUACGAUUGGAUGUGAUCCGCUUGUAUCGAAACAAAUUUCGAAUCCGAAUCAGAUCAUGCCAUUUAUGGUAAUGGACAUAUUUCAAGGAUUACCUGGUUUACCAGGGCUUUUCAUGGCAGCGUUAUUCAGUGCUUCAUUAAGUACAAUAUCGAGUGGACUCAGUAGUUUAUCUGCACAGUUUUGGACAGAUCUAGUCAAACCACACAUCAAACCCGUGUCGGAGUUUAAAGCAACAGUUAUAGCAAAAAUUUCGGUUGCGUUUUUUGGAGGGCUUAUAAUGGCUGUAGCAUUUAUGACAGCGAAAGUCAAAGGUACACUUAACCAGAUUGCUGCCAGUGUAUUAUCGGCAUUUGGGAGUCCUCUUACCGGCUUGUUUGUAUUUGGUGCCUUUUGCCCCUGGGGAAAUGCAAAGGGAGCAUUUUGGGGAACAAUAUUGUCAUCAAUAGUGACGUUUAUCAUAUCUUUUGGACAAGUAACAACCAAAGGAUCGGUAAAGAACACGAGACUACCACCGGCACCGAUUGAUCAAUGUCUUGCUUUCAGUGGUUCGAGUAAUCUCAACUUGACCUAUGUUACAACACAAAUGUAUAUGGUGAACUCAACGAUUGGACUAGGAACAACAGUUGCUGAAAAUUUAGAAAUUCCCGAAUUGACUGGUUUUCGACGUCUUUUUACUUUAUCAUUUCACUGGUUUGGAGCUGUUGGCAUUUUGCUGACAAUUAUAUUUGGGUCUAUUAUUUCAUUUUGUACGGGAUAUAAAAAGCCAGGUGAAGUCAAACCAAAAUACCUUAUUCCAUUCUACGAUAGUUUGUUUCCGUUUCUACCUGAAUGUAUUCGUAAACCCCUAAGAUGUGGAUAUGAUUAUACAAAGAGUGAUUACGAGAAAGAGAAUAUACCGGAGGAGGAGAUAAUUGCUUCUUUAUACAACGUGGAAAAGGAAGUCCUUCCUACUGAAGAGGAUGAACAUCAUGUCGUUAAUGGGAAAAUAUUGUUUGGAAAUGAUACAGUAGAUACAAGUUUAUCGAAUAUACCAAAAAAUAACGGCAACGAAUAUGCAGUCUUAGAGACAGAAGAUGAAAGUCCAGUUGUAACGCAAACGGUCAGGAUUAAUGACCACCUUGUAGCUAAAUCAGCUGAAGAUUUAUCUUAUCAUAAACUGCCCAUUUGUGAUAUUGAAAUGGAACUUCUCAAAGGAUACAACAGUUCUGAAUAUAUAACCUUUGAAAAAACGGACAACACGCGGACAUUGAAACUGAAAGCGGAGAGCUUAGAGUAUGUUAUCAAGCCUGAUGGAUACAAUGCGUAGUUAACAUUAGAUAUAUUGUGCUUUUUCUUUCUUAUGAAAUCAUAGUCAGUUUAUUAAUGAGAUAAACUUUGUGUAAAUAGGCAUAUAUUCAAACG